UCUCCCUCUUUCUGGAGUCUAUCCACUGUUCCUGAAACAGCUUUACGCACGAUGGAAGUCCACAUCCUUGUGCGGGAAGUGCUCAAGGAGUGAGAUGGCAAACCUCGCUCCCCGGGAAAAGUGAGUACCCACCGCGGGCGGAGCCGAAGGCGCGGGGGCGGCGCCGGAGUCGCGGGUUCAAGGCCAAGUGCAGGCAGACGCGCGCCGGCGGCUGAGCUCGGGCUGCUCCGAAAGACGCCAGAAACCCGCCGGAGUAGCCGGGCGGCAGCCUGGGGCAGAGCCAGGACUCUGACAGCACGGAGGUCCCCUCCCAAAGGAACUAAAAAGACUCUAUCCGCCCCCACCUUCGCCGCUUUUACGACGGCACACAUUAGUCUUUAUAAAAAGCAUCUUGAGAAUGAGUUUCGGCGUGACUGGGGGACCCUCAGAAGAUACAUUAUUCACGUCAAAUUGAAAAGAAAAAAGAGCGGGGAGGGGAAGGAGCUCAGACAGGUGAUGUGCGGACGGCGGGCUUGAGGAUUCUCCCAGCAUUAGCCGCGGCCGCCUCGGGGUAUCCGGCGGAAAGUUGAGCAACCGCAGUGCCGACCCGAAAGGUGCGGCUCCCCGCCCCCUCAGAGGCAGUCGGGGGAGGGACAGGUAAGCAGCCUCCUGGCUGUCACCCGUAGCUCAGCCGAAGGGAGGCGGCCUGACCUCAGCGAAGGAAUUCCAGCUGGAGAAGCAGCUUCAGGAACCGCUGGAGGAGAGAGGACGAGAGAGCCGCGGAGAGGAGGGGGAAGUUGGGCAAACAGCUAAAGAACGCUUCUGUUCAUGGAGGCAAAUGCUAAGGAUGCUUUCCAAGUGAACCCUGAGUGAACCUCUGAUAUAUUUCCUGUAGAAAGAGCAAGGAGCCAACAUGAAGGAAAAUGCAGCAUCCAGAGUGCUUUUCAUUCUGCUACUUUUUCUCUACGCCAGCCUUCUGAAUGGACAGUCACCUCCUGAAAAACCCAAGCUUAUUAAAUGUCGGUCUCCUGGAAAGGAAACGUUCACCUGCUGGUGGGAGCCCGGGGCAGAUGGAGGACUUCCUACCAAUUACACACUGACUUACCACAAGGAAGGAGAAACACUCAUCCAUGAAUGUCCAGACUACAAAACCGGGGGCCCCAACUCCUGCUACUUUAGCAAGAAGUACACCUCCAUAUGGAAGAUGUAUGUCAUCACAGUAAGCGCCAUCAACCAGAUGGGAAUCAGUUCCUCAGAUCCACUUUAUGUGGAUGUGACUUACAUAGUUGAACCAGAGCCUCCUAUGAACCUGACUUUGGAAUUAAAACAUCCAGAAGAUAGAAAACCAUAUCUAUGGAUCAAAUGGUCUCCACCCACCCUGACUGAUGUAAAAUCUGGUUGGUUCAGUAUCCAGUAUGAAAUUCGAUUAAAACCUGAGAAAGCAACUGACUGGGAGACUCAUUUUGCUCCAAAGCUGACUCAGCUUAAGAUUUUCAACUUAUAUCCAGGACAGAAAUACCUUGUGCAGAUUCGCUGCAAGCCAGACCAUGGAUACUGGAGUGAGUGGAGCCCAGAGAGCUCCAUCCAGAUACCUAAUGACUUCCCAGUGAAGGAUACAAGCAUGUGGAUCUUUGUGGGCGUCCUUUCUGCUGUCAUCUGUUUGAUUAUGGUCUGGGCAGUGGCUUUGAAGGGCUAUAGCAUGGUGACCUGUAUCCUCCCACCAGUUCCAGGGCCAAAAAUAAAAGGAUUUGAUAUUCAUCUGCUGGAGAUAUCACAGCCUUCUCGCCUUGUGUCUGUGUUUUAAUAGAAGGGCAAGUCCGAAGAACUUCUGAGAGCUCUGGAAAGCCAAGACUUCCUUCCCACUUCUGACUGCGAGGAUUUGCUGAUGGAAUUCAUAGAGGUAGAUGACAGUGAGGACCAACACCUGAUGCCACACCCCUCCAAAGAACACAUGGAGCAAGGCGUGAAGCCCAUGCACCUGGAUCCUGACACUGACUCUGGCCGGGGCAGCUGUGACAGCCCUUCACUCUUGUCUGAAAAGUGUGAUGAACCUCAGGCCUAUCCCUCCAAGUUCCACAUUCCGGAGGGCCCUGAGAAGCUGGAGAAUCCCGAAACAAAUCUUACAUGUCUUCAGGCCCCUCAGAGCACAAACGGGGAAGGCAAAAUCCCCUAUUUUCUGGCCAACGGACCCAAAUCUUCCACAUGGCCUUUCCCGCAGCCCCCCAGCCUGUACAGCCCCAGAUAUUCUUACCACAACAUUGCUGACGUGUGUGAGCUGGCCCUGGGCAUGGCAGGCACCACAGCCACUCUGCUGGACCAAACAGACCAACAUGCUUUUACACCCUCAAAAACCAUUGAGACUGGCGGGGAAGGAAAGGCAGCCAAACAGAGGGAGUCAGAAGCCUACAGUUCCGAGCCUGACCAAGACAUGGCAUGGCCACUGCUCCAAGACAAAACCCCCUUGUUCUCUGCUAAACCCUUGGAAUAUGUGGAGAUCCACAAGGUCAGCCAAGAUGGAGUGCUAGCUCUGUUCCCAAAACAAAAUGAGAAGGUUGACGCCCCUGAAACCAGCAAGGAGUACUCAAAGGUGUCCCGGGUGACGGAUAGCAACAUCCUGGUGUUGAUACCGGAUCUGCAAGCGCAAAACCUGACUCUGUUAGAAGAAUCAGCCAAGAAGGCCCCGCCAGCCCUGCCAUAGAAUCCAGCCAAGGCCGACCUGGCUGUCUCCCCCACAACCCCAGGCAACUGCAGACUCCAGUUGGGUUGGGGACUGGGUCCCGCAGGUUUUAUGCACUCUUGCAGUGAGAGUUAUGGAAGGAUGGGUUGAAUUGUGAUUUUCCUUCAGGUAACAUUACAGAGUACGUGGAAUGCACUCUACCAGAGAGGGCUCAAGAACAGGAUUAGAAUGACACUACCCAACUCCCAGUUCACUCUUCAUUCUCUAUUUUCAACCAGUUGCCUCUUUUUCCAACAGCUGAUUCCAGAACAAAUCAUUCCAUCUUGUGUGAUUUGUAGAUUUACUUUUUUGCUAUUAGUUAUCAGAUUAUAUGUUCAAUGAUAUAAAAGCACAUUGCCUAGUAUUCUUGAGAGACAGUGCCAAUAGGUAUAUUCUCUGGAAAAGGCCUUCAUGGUUUCAUAUGUGACAGAGGGGUAUAAGUCAGUCAAAAUUGUUUACCAUGAGAAGAUGGUAGAUAGGAGAGAAAUGCCAUGAAAACCACUCUUGAAGACCAGUUGCUUAACCUUUGCACUCCUCUUUCAUUUUAUUAGGAUUAACCAAAUACAAUGCACUUAAAAAGUUUCAUUCUAGAACACCUGACAAAUUGUUUCCAUCUGUUCCUAUUACCUUAAUGACACAUGGCCAAUAUGCAAGUAAACAGGAUGCCUCCAGUUUUUCCUUAAAAUAGUUUGAAUUUAUUAAGCAUGGAUUUUACCCUUAAAUUGUAUUUCAUUCUGAAACUUCUAGAGAAUAGGGUUUGAGAAAGUGAUAUUUUCUUACACAGGAGGCAAAUGAGUUUCAUGUGGUGAAUCUUUCUAAAAUGUUUUCCUCUUUCAUUUCAGCAUGAUAGAUAAUUUAUUACACACCCUAGUCUUCUGUUAGUGGAAAAAAAAAAAAGUCCCAAAAGACUAACUUUAAUUUAAAAUAUAAUCAUAGCAGGAUGCUCACAGAAGUACUGCCUUACUGUAUAUACAAAGUCUACUUUAAUAUAAACCCGUAGGUUUAACAAUGUAUUUUUGAAGACUAUUUUUCUAUCACUUAAGUAAAAUAAAAGACUAUUUUCUAUCUUCCCAGUACAGCCUGUUUACGUAUUCAGCAGGUAUAGUAUUUAUAUGAGGUUAUAAUGAGUAUUUUCAGUACACGGUGAUAUAUACAGUCCCUGUUUGUGGAAUAAAAUGCCAUACCAAGCCAAAGCCCACUGAGGAAUAGGAAGUGGAUGACAAAAUUCGAUUUCCAGCACAGUGUAGUUUAGUUUUUCUGAUUCUUUUUAUCUCCAGGAUACUUUAAACAGCAAUCAAGAAACUAGAGAUUUAGGACUCUCCACAGACUGAAAAUACUUCUCUUGUAAUUUAGGGCCACUCUGGGGGUUCUGCUCUUGGGGCGAAAAUUUUCACUUCUCUGUGAAAUUUUUGCUUCUCUGGGUGAAAAUUUAUAAAGAUGAAAAAGGAGAGUAGAAACAUCUAAUAUACUGCCUUAGAGAGAGGGUUGUUGUUUUGUUUUUCUGAGCAAUCUUGGGCAAAUCCAUUUGUGUGUUCACUUCUUAAGCUGGAACACAAAGAAUCUGAGCUCCCUCUGUGAGUUAAAUAUUCCAGCCCAAUAAGUCCAUGUCGACAGAAACGGGACUCAGAGGUUGGCUGAUGUGUGAAAGUGAACACACUGCCCGAGCUUCCAGAAAUGCAAAAGUAACAUGUCUGAGGCUCUAUUCUUCUAAUACACACCCAACUGGUUAAGAGUGAGGGAGCUGUUGGGGAAGAUUGUCCAAGUUUAUUCAGUCCCCUAGAUCCCUGCUACUCAAAAUACAGUCUGAGGACCAGCCACACCCGCAUCUAUGGGCACUGCUUGAAAAUGCAGAAUCUCUACCCUCCCCACCCCCACCCACCAGAAUCUGCAUUUUGCUAAGAUCCCCAGAUGAUUCAAGUGCACAGUGAAGUCUGAGAAGCAUUGCCCUAGCAGAUCAUUUCCACUAAAGCUGAUUUUAGUGCCUGGAGUAGUUCUUUCCUGGAAAGUACAGGUCGAAUCUGUUUGACUUGCAGUGAACAGUACUGUCAUAAAAAGGUAUCAUUUUUUAAAAUCUAUUAGUGGUUUGGGAUUCACAUAAUGGAAGAAAAUGAUCUGCAAAAGCACAUAUAACUUCUAAGAGGGUCAGGGAGUAUACCCCACCUUGAGAAGCAUUGACCAAAGACUCGGCCCUUCAAAGCCAGCACAGACCAAAUCGUUCUCAGAAUAGUCCCAUCUCCUCCAAGGCGUGUAUGAACCACUCUGAUAGUAUGAGAAUUCAAAAAUAGUCUUUUGAUGUAUAAUUUGGCAUGUAUGAAAAAAACUGUCACGGCUGAAGACUCAAACUAAAUUCUUAAAAAAAACACCAAUUAGUAAGUAGAUUACUGUCAAUCGUUAACUAAAGCCAAGGCUAUAAUUCUCAGUCACUCAGCACUCUUUAAUGAAUUGUGGGGUUGUUUUUUUUUUCAUGGUCUAGUCUAUUUUCUAUCAAGGAGUCCUCUAGUUGAGUGGAAGUAUGUAAAUUAAGGGUCAGGAGACCCAGCUUCUAGUGCUAAUUAUGUUAGCUUAGCUCAACUCCCUUCUCUGGGUCUCAGUUUGCUCUGAAUGAAAUGCUAGGUCAAAUAAUCUAUAAUGUCCUUUUAAACUGUGAAUCCUUAAUUUCAUGAUUCACUCAAUAAUGUCCAGCAAAGAUGAUUAACCAAUGCCUUGUAUCAUAAUUAAGCUAACAAAUAAUUGCCCUUCAUCAUAGAAACACGUCCUCUUCAGUGAUGUGCUCAUUUUGUUUCACUUUUUUUUUUCUUUUUUUUAGUUGGAGGACAGUUGCUCUACAAUAUUGUGUUGGCCUCUGCCAUACAUCUACAUGAAUCAGCCACAGGUUUAAAUCAUCAGUGCCAAUUAAUCUUAACAUAUUGUUCAUGCAUUUUACAAAUCACGUAGAUAUAGAAUCAUAGUCUAAGAUAAUGUGCAAAUAUGUGUAUAGAGGGAAGCAGAGAUUUUUUUAAAAGACAUUGAAAGAGGCUUUUAGGGACAAAAUGCCUUUCUUAUACUAGGCUGCUGAUUCUGGUUUGCGCUUUUGCUGUUGUUGUUGUAGUUGUCUUCUUAUGGAUUAUGAGCCACCAUUGCACAGUUGAUGUUAAAAGCCUCAAGCUCUGAUUUGUAAAAAGUCAUAUUUUUAUAAAUAAACACUUCAAGCUACAAAGCACAUGGAAAUAGGAUAGCCAGUGGGUGAUUUAUGGACGCUUAUAACUCAAAGAGCAAAAUCUUCUCUAGUCAGUUUAGCAAAGAGCAAAAUCUUCUCUAGUCAGUUUACAAGGCAGCUCAGAUGAGCACAAGUCAUAAUCAGUCACGUCACUGACAUGUAACUGACUCUGCAUUCUCCUAAGUGCCUAAGGCCAAUCCCAACUGGUUUGGUCCAAAGUUGGUCAAUCCCUUACCAUCUGUACAAGAUGAAGGAGUUUGACUCUGUCUUAGAGUGACCCAGCUGAAAGGGAGAAUCUGAUGAGCAGGCAGAGGCACCUGAGCUCCAGGGUGCAGCUUAGCUGGGGAAGGUCUGUCCCCCAACCUUCUCCAGGCUGCCUGCUUCUGCCCAUCACUUUCAAAAAGAUGUGAUCCAGCCAGUUGUAAUUUUGUUAUCUCUUUAGAGUAGAUAUGAAAGAAUCAGAUUUGUACACAUUUUACAAAGUGCCUUUUUUUUUUUUUUUCUAAAGUUUUCUUUUCACAAGAAAAGUGUAUUGUUUGGACAGUAAAUUUUACAUUUUAAGUAAAUGAAUGAAAAAGCCAGAAAGGAAUCAUUAAAUGAUCUAAGGUCCAAUCAGCAACCGUUGAGUGGAUUUUAAUUUAUUGUUUAAUUAAAUUAGCACACAGCUGAUGUGAAUAGUGUAACUUAUUCUGAUAAGAAAUUGACUCUGGCUAAGAUUUUGGAAUAAGUCUGCCACCCUGUUACUUGAGACUCUCAAUUUAAAAACACAUUAAAUGCACUUUCAAUGGCUUUGAAUUGCAUGCCAGGGCCUGAAAAGGGCAACACGUGUACCAUGGAACUUGGCACACAUGCAGAAAGACAUAAAAGCCUCUGAAUUAUGGUCUGUGAGAUUGCUGAUGUAGAUUUGCCAUUGAUGAAAGCCUCUAGUGAACCAAUUUCUUUUUCUGCCUUUUCAGCCCAUGCAUCAUUAACAUAGUUGCUAGGGUAGUGGGCUGAGCACUCAAUUUCCGGCUGUCAGUAAACAGGCUGUGUGAUUUUAGCAAGUCCUUUAAAGGACUAGCUAAAACCAGCUAAUCUCUGGUUCCCUCAUCUGUUAAAUGACUGGCUUGGCCUAAGAUGUUUCUAAGACCCCUUCUGGCUCUAACAGUCUUUGAUGUACAUGAUCUGAGUAAAAUCCAGGGUUUCAGUAAAUGGCCCAGGGACAGUGCAGGAGAAUAUUGCUGAUGAUCCCUUAGCCUAAAGCAGUGGACAGUGUGGCUGUAACAAUGCUGAAGAGAAAAACAGUUCUACUCCUGCAAGUCUCAUCGAUUUCAUUCAACAUCCUUUGCUCCUCCUCUUCUUCUUAGCUGUCCACCUUGUAGGCUUUUAAUGCUCUCACUUAGGGCCUCCAUCUCUCCUGAGAGUUCGUUAUGUACAGUAGCAACCGUAGGAUUUGCAAGAAACUAGAUUAUUCAUAAACAAUGACUUUGGCCUGAGUCAAACAAUAAAUUGGCUACAUAGAUAUCAAGGCCCAAGUUGAAGAUCACAACUUAUCGUAUUUACGGAGCCACAGGCUUAGAGAGUCUAGCUCAAUUCAUCCAUUCCUUCAUUUGUUCAAAGGCCAUUAAUAAAUCCAAGCUACAAUGAAGACUGUUGUGGAGGUCUUCAGCAGAAACUUAAAAAUGCAAAAUGAUUGCUCAAGAGUUUUAUAACCUAACCAGAAAUUCUAUUUAUAGUUAUGGCCUGGACGUAUUUCAUGACCAGUGUACAUAUCAUCUGCAAAUCAAAUAGUUCUCUCGCUAGAUUUGUGUAUUUCAAGGUGAUUUUGGCUCUGAGACCUUCACAUAGUUACCUAUUUCCGUAAAAGGAAACAGAUAGAAAAAUAGAGUGUGGGGGACUUUCCUUGUGGUCCAGUGGCUGGGGCUUCACACUUCCAAUGCAGGGGGCCCAGGUUCUACCCCUCGUCACGGAAAUAAGAUCCCACAUGCCGCAGGGCAACUAAGCCAUAUGCCACUUGGAAAUUCUGCCUGCCACAGCUAAGACCUGGCACAGCCAAAUUUUAAAAAUAAAUAAAAAUAAAAUAUGUUUUUAAAAGAAAGAAAAAUAGGAUGUUUCUAAAUGUCUGGACAUCUCAGGAUUACACAGAAUGCCAAAAGUAACCUGCUAAACUCGGAUUUUUUUGGACAUAGUGACUCUGCUCAGUGUUCUGAGUUUAUGGCUAAGAGAUGUGCAUAUGCCCAUGACUCUUUUGUCCACAUUGAUUCUUUUGAUUUAUGCUCUAAUUUGAUGUCAGGAAGCACUGAGAUAUGUAAAGUGGGAAAACGUACACUGUUUAUGUGGUUGUGGUCAAUGAAAAGAGAGACCUUUGACCAUAGUCUGGUAGUUAACUUUUUACCUGCUGCUGAUAAAAAGAAAGAAACAACUCAAAAAACUUUAGCUACUUAAGUAGUAAUAUAAAAACCAGUAGUUUCAUAUUAUGCUCAACACACACUUCACCUGCAUACAUUUCAUAAUCGAAUCUGAGUUUUCCAUGCAAAUUUCACAUAUCCUAAGGAGGUGGGGAAAUCUUGUUAUAUUACCUGAAAUUGAAAAUUUUUAUGGCAAAGAGUCUCCUGAACAACAAUUUGUUUUAUGAAAUUCCUGAUAAAAUGAUUUUGAAGUUUUAAAAGUAACUAUUUCCCUUCUUAUCCUAAUGUCCUUCUUUCAAAGCUGCUUAUUUAGAAAUGAUGUCACAUUUCCCACUUUGACUAUUUUCAGUGACAUAGUUGUGUAUUUGCCGUGUGAUAAUCCUGACUUUAACUGUUGUAUGAUUUUAUAUUAUAUUGCUUUAUGUGGUUCAAAAACUGUGUGACACAUUGAGAUAUAUAAUCCUAUUGUGAAACUCACUGUGUACUACAAAGGAAAAAAAUUAUUUCAUGAGUUAGAAUCUAUUCAUAUAUAUUUCAAUGUGAUUGUUUCUAUAUCUGGAAAACAAGACUGAAAAAAAAUGUAAUCAUAUCUUUCUGCUGAAACCAUGAAUGUGCUGAUUUUUUUUCUUAAUCUUUGCUAGAAGUAGUAUGAGUUGCCAUUGUACAGCUGAUCUGGGGUAAGUGUUUAAAGUACAAUCCAACAAUUGUUUAAAAGUCAAGUCAACCCCUCGACUUUGCUUCAUGUGACCUCUGAUACUUCUGGGGUGUUUUGUGCAUAAUGAGGCUUGCUUUUCUGCUUGAUCAGUCAUUUCAAACAAUUUUUGUGUCUCAUGCAGAAACCAAAGCAACCUAGAACUGGCUGUUAGGGAUCUAUGUCUUCUGUAAAGCCAUAUUGACGUGAAGACUACAGGAUAGCCAAAGGUUCAAUAUUUUCAAAGCUACCACUACCUCUGCUUUUUCUCUUCUCCUAAAAAAUGCCAAACAAAAUUCUUUAACAUUGCAUAGGAAAUUAGAAGUGAUUGUUACAAGUUGCUGGGGUCUUGUUUUUUACAUGAAGAUACACCUCCUAAAUUCAUCAGUUUGUAAGUUUAUGCUAGGUUUCCUCAAUAACCAUUUUUACAUUUUAUAAAAACUGACUGAUGAAUAAGGGCCAGAAAGAAUACAUAGUAAGUCACCAGGUGAAAGCCAACAAAAUUAUAGAUGCAGAUUUUUCCCUAACCAGGAGUCACCACAACGUGGUUACCCAAAGCCAUGAGGGGGAUAUUUCUCACAAUUUGAUUUCCCUAAAGCCCCUAGAAAUAAUUUUUUCCUUAUUUGAUUUUAACCAUCAAAGAUAUUAUGGUAUGGGAAAAAUCAGGCAUAUAUCAGAAAUAACCUUGUUUUGAUUUUAAAAACUCAUUUCUACAUGAAGUAAUUACAAUGCCUAUUUUUUUUAGUCUUAAAAAUUAUAGACUAUAAUCAUCUGAUUAAUUUUGCAUCUUUAGUUCUAUAAAUCUUUAGUUAUUACACAUUGUGCUUUCUGUUGCCCAUGGAUGUAUUAAUUUGUCUCUUCCCAUUUUGAGAGGACAUCAUGGAUAGCUAAAUCCAUAUCAAGAGGAUGGGAGAUGCUGCUAACUGCUAUUACCAGAACAUCUUCACUUUUUACUCCAUGCCAAAAACGAUGCUUGCCAAACAAAAUCAUCCCAGUAUAAUAUUAUCAUUAUAUUUCUACUCAUGUUAUUGAAAAUUCCCAGCUCAGUGCCUGGUUCAAUAAAUGUUUAUUCUCCUUGCCUCCCCUUCCUCUAUUUAUUUUUAUUUGAUAUGUAAAUGAAAAAAAUAACACAGGCCUGGCUGAAACAAUAUUCUUGAUGGAUUUUUGCUGCAAAAGGAUUUGUAAUCCAGAAACUAUUUAUAUAAAUUAGACGAAAACAAUUUUCCUCCUUCUCUUCACCCUUCUGUAUGAUUGCAAAGUAUAAUUUCCCUCCUUUACCCCCAUCCCUCACACAAGAAGCUGCUAAAAAUAAAAAUAAAAUGAGAUGGAACCAAGAACCCAGGGAUAGAUUAGAAAAGCUCAUUUAAGUAUUAUAAAAUAAAGGAAAAAUCAAGCCAUUUGAAAAAUCGAAUGCUUUUGAACAGUAUGAUUCAUCCAUAUUACUAACAACAUCUCUUCUGACCAAAUUCAUUGGAUUAAGUGUAAAAUGCUAAUCUUUUAAUGGAUCUAGAUCUAGAAAUCUUUACCUACUGCUUAUGCUUGUGUUGCAGAAUUAUGGGAUGGUGAGGGAUUUGCUUUACAAAUUCUUCUCUGACUCCUAAAUUCUCUAUGGCCAUAUCUUACCAGGGAAUAAGAAAUUUCUUACACGAAUACCAUUCCCUGAAACUUGGCUACUGUCAAAGACUGACUCCCCCAUGCUUACAUUGGUGCCAUCUGCCUUUAAUUAUUGGACACACAUUUACUUUGAAGCUGGAAAAAUUGGAGUGUCAGUCACCAGACACAGCAUUCACAUAAUAAUGAGUUGGAGAAGUACUGUGUAGCUAAUUUUCCAAAAUGACAUGCUUUCCUAAAAGGAAACAGAAAUUGUAUGUUGCCACAUCUUUCCAGAACCAUAUCUGAAACCUUAACCCCACCAAACUCUACAACUGACUAAUCAACUUUUACACAUUCUAAAUCACCCCUAUUUUGAGGGACUGUGAGAUAUAAUACCUAUUUAGCAGAAAUCUUGAUGUCUUGGGGUUGGAAGAUAGGGCAGGAUUAUAGGAAAUGGGGGCUUCCCUGGCAGCUCAGCUGGUAAAGAAUCCGCCCGCAAUGCAGGAGACCCUGGUUCAAUUCCUGGUUCAGGAAGAUCCUCUGGAGAAGGGAUAGGCUACCCACUCUAGUAUUCUUGGGCUUCUCUGGUGACUCAGACAAUAAACAAUCUGCCUGCAAUACGGGAGACCUGGGUUCAGCCCCUCAGUUGGAAAGAUCCCCUGGAGGCGGGCUUGGCAACCCACUCCAGUAUUCUUGCCUGGAGAAUCCCCAUGGACAGAGUUGCUUGGCAGGCUACAGUCCAUGGGUCACAAAGAGCUGGACAUGACUGAGCAACUAAGCACAGCACAGCACAUAGGAAAUGGAGUUAUUGAAAAACCUCCAAUAGGACCUUAUCCGUUAGGGAAGCAGAUUCUCACAGUUUUAUCCUUCUGAAGAGUACAGAAGAGAUUAAACCCAUUCUUGAUAUUGUAAAGCAUAGUCUACAUUGGAGUCUUGACACUUAAAUUGGAAUUCUUUUGCCCAUAACCUCACCUACUCCUGCUGCCUAUACAAGUGUUAAGCAAUUUUGUCUUAUGAUCAGUUUCACACUAAAACAUACUUACCAAUGAACUUGAAACACAGGUACUUUUAUGAAUGUGAUAAAAUAUUUUUUAAGUAAAUCUAGAGGAUGUUAGUCAAAUGCUACUUGGGUUGUCAGUUGGGGGAACACUGGUAUAAGCUAAGGGAGCUCAGGAAUUUUUAUUACUGUAUUUAUAAAUGUGUUUGAAAGAAUUUGUAAAUGUCACAGGUACAUUUUUAAGGUGAUACACAUUUGCUCCAUAAAUUAUUAAAAAUUAAUGAAAUGAGUUUCAAUUGACAUUUGGCAGUAGUUUUGCUUCAAGUGAUCAAUAUUGAUAUUGUUACUGAACUAUGUAAUCUCAUGAUACAUUUUUCAAUACUUUUUCAUAGCAACUGCUUUUGCAAUGGUACCAAUGCUUAAUUUAAAUUGAAUCAAUAAAUUUCUUCCUAAGCAAUGA